AUGGCGUCAAAAUCCAACAAAAUGGCUGACACAAGUUCCAAACCCCUCCAUGCUGCCGUGGUUUGGGCACAGAGGAAAGACAAAAUUUACCUCACAAUCAACUUGGAAGACGGCUCAGACACAAAGAUUGAAAUAAAUGAAAAUUCCUUUUACUUUGGAGGGAAAGGUGGUCCAGAGAAAAAGGAUUAUGAAGUAAAAAUAGAUUUUUAUAAAGAAGUUAUACCUAGUGAUUCCAAGUACAAGGUUUUACCAAGAAAUGUGCCAUGUGUGAUAAAAAAGAAAGAUGAUGGAGAAUUCUGGCCACGAUUAACAAAAGAUGCAAAAAAGGUUCAUUGGAUAAAGACUGACUUUGCAAAGUGGAAAGAUGAAGAUGAAUCAGAUUAUGAAGAAGAUUCACCAAUGGACCUGGAACAGAUGAUGCAAAAUAUGGGAGGAAUGGGCGGCAAUAUGGGAGAAGGCAUGGAUGCCAAAGAAGAAGAUGGUAUGAGUGAAGAUAGUGAUGAUGACGAUCUUCCCGACUUGGAAUAAAGGAUCAUGCUUUCUCCAUGUUUUUGUUUACUCUAACACUCCCACAUUGCCAGGCAUGGAUGUUCCUGGAUUUAAUUGCCAUGGAAACAAAAUUGGCUUGGAACCAAGUAUCAUGUGACUAGAACAAAAAUCAGAAAUACGAGAUCCUUGUUAGCAUUGGUUCAAAGACCUGUAGUGAGAGGGCAUCUAACCUUGAUGUCAAAAGGAGAAGAUUUUGAUGGUUGGACCAAAUGGAAAAUAGAUUUCAGUAUUUUGACUUAGGGGAAGUAAAUCUGUGAGCUAAGGGGAGGUAAAUCUGUGGGGGAGCAGACAUUUGAAGACAGGUUCAGUGGUUGUUUUGUUGCUGCCUAUUUUAUUUGCUCUUGGAUAAGAAAUGUGUAGAACAUUUUGUAUGCAUCAUUUUUCACAUUGUAUCAGUACUGACAUAAUUUCCAUUUUUUAUUCCGUCAUUAAAUGAAAUUGUAUUUACCAUCAA